CUGCACAACCAAUACACACCAAAUCCCAUCUUCUGUCAUGAACACCCGAAAGAAAAUGGACCAGUACUAUAUAUUUUUGAGAAACUCCAUGAGCGCUGUAGCCGUUGGGCACUUCCAGGGGCGUCCAGGACCUUGGAGGCCACACUUGCCAACCAUUCCUGAAAACAAAGACACCGUGAGGCAAGUAACUUAGCGUGGCAUGGGCGCUUGCAAAUAGGAUCUCUCAUGACUAUUACGUUAUCAUUGAAGAUACUGGCAGCAUUCUUCAAGAAGUAAGAGAAGUCCACGAAAUAUGGAGCGCUUACAAGUUUUGGGGCUGGGGGCCUCUGCAUCACGGCAGAAAGCUGUGGAGGAUGCUGCGAAGAUGCAGGCUUUCGUGGAAGAAGAGUGUACGCGAAGUGGGAAACCAGUCCCAGAAUAUCGACUUACAGAACUGAUUGGAAAAGGAAGUUUUGGUCGAGUCUACAAAGCAAAUGAUGUGAAGACAUCUAAUAUUGUGGCUGUCAAAAUCAUCGACGUCGACGAACAAGACACUCUAAACCCUAAGCUCCAAGAUACAUACAGUGAGUUCCUCAAAGAAAUCAAUGCACUACGCCUAUUGAGCGAUAGUGGUGCCAAGAACGUGAAUACCGUCAUUGAGGCAUUGCCUGUUGGUCAGGCUAUGUGGAUGGUAACCGAAUACUGUGCUGGAGGCAGUGUGGCAACGCUCAUGAAGCCAACAGCUCCGGGAGGUCUUCAAGAGAAGUGGAUUAUUCCUAUAUUACGCGAAGUUGCUGUUGCAAUCCACUGGGUGCACAAACAAGGCAUCAUCCACAGAGACAUCAAGUGUGCAAAUGUCUUGAUAACAGAAGUCGGUGGCGUGCAGCUGUGCGAUUUUGGUGUGGCCGGUAUGGUUGAGACAAAGUUCGACAAACGAACCACCUUCAUUGGAACUUUGCACUGGAUGGCACCAGAGCUCUUUGAUCAGAAUGCACAGUACGGGACUGAGGUUGACAUUUGGGCCUUUGGGUCUAUGGUAUAUGAGAUUGCGUCGGGGCUGCCACCAAAUGUCCGGUCCAAUAUUAGGAUACCUCAAUUUGGGGAGUACCUGCGUGAGCAUCUUCCCCGCCUAUCUGGAGAUCAAUAUUCCGAGGACCUGAAAAGCCUGGUUGCUUUCUGUCUGGAAGAUGAUCCGACAAAGCGCCCCUCCAUCGAGCAGAUUCAGCAACAUCCCUAUAUCCUCAACACAGAAACCCAAUAUCCAACUUCAUCUCUUGCGGCCUUUGUCAAGGCAUUCAAGCUUUGGGAGGAUCGUGGUGGGAGCAGAAAGUCCCUGUUUGCGGGGUUUGGCGCCCAGGCACCAGCAGACCUUGACUCUACUUCUCUUGCAGCUGAUGAGUGGAACUUCUCAACAACACUUGCGUUUGAUGAACAACUUCAAAGCGAGAGAGAUGGUACAUCAGAAAUCGAAGCUGUGCGAGAUGUGUAUGGCAUGGCCUUUGACUUUCCAAGCUUCAGUGGUGAGGAUACAGCUCGCCCCAAAGCAAAAGGGCGCCGCCGCCCACCGCCCCAGGCUUUAGCCGCUAUGAAAGCUCCUCUAGAAAAGGUCUUUGACCCCAAUACUAUCUCUAAUUACGAUGAGAAUUCUCGCGCAUACUAUGGCCGUCCUACGAUGCCGCCACCUUCUGAACCGCCUAUAUCCGAUCUUCCCCUCCGCGAUGAUUCGCUUCACGCAACGCUCAGAGAGUCACUCAUAGAUCUAGAUGCCUCGCUAGGCGGAGAAGAACUUUCUAGCUUUGCCGAUAUGGGCACUAUCAAACCCGCUCCCGGCCCUGGCCCUCGUGCUUCCAUGGACAAUAACUGGUCAUUUGCAUCUGCUGCAGAGCCUGUAUCACACAACCGUGCCCCUCUAAGCGAUCCAGCAGAUCUCAAUAACGGGCGACAUGCACCGGAUUGGUCUUGGCCUACUAACAUCCCGCCAGCCUCUGCGAAUCCCGAGUUCUCGCACUUUCAAUUCGGCGAGGAGCGCCCCAGACUGCUUCAUCAUGAAACAGAGCCCGCUGGGUUGCCCUCGCAGGGAUACGAUCUAGAAGUACCCCGGAGUGUAAAUGAUCGUAUGUCCGUUGGUAGCUUGAUCGACCUUGACAUGAGCAUGCCGGAACCAAAUGCGCCAGAACUAAAUCGGCCGUCGACCUCACAUUCGGACGUUGGCUCAAUUGCUAGCUCAGAGAUGGGCGGCGUCGGCCCAUUCGAUCUAGAACGCCAUGCCUCUGUAUAUGCUCCCCUCCCCCUCACCACCCGAGAACCAUCAAUCUAUGUGUCCGAGGACUCGGAAUAUGCCCAGCGUAUUGCGCGAGCAACCCAACCAGAGUCAGAAGACCCACCUGAUCAUGCGGAGAAUGGCAACUACAGUGUCCAACUACCGUUUGUCGAACCGCCAGCUUUGCACGUCCUAGAGGGACGGGCCUCUGGAGCGGAAGUAGCAGAAGAGAUGAGGAGACUAAUUGGAAGUCUCGGGGAGCACCUGUCCAUGAUAGGCGAGCAGGUGGCGGAGAUGGAUGCCCGGCGGGCUGGGGGCCACCUUACCCGUGAUGAUUAGAUAGCUAGAUAUUUUCACAGAAAAGCGUGUUUCAUGUACACGGGCUUCAUGUCUGUAUUGGAGUUAAUAGGUAGAUACCAGGUCUGAAGGAAAUAAAGUUCGUUCAGCAUUCGCAAUUCUCAAAGUAGAAUGUAAAGGUACCUUGCACUUAAGACG